AUGGCGAGCUACGCUACUUGCUCUGAAGUAGGCCCAUUAUGCCCUGUUGAACUCACGACAUACGGUUAUUACCCUAGUUUCGGCGGAAAUAUAUUCUUCGCCGUCUUCUUUGGCCUUCUCGGAAUAUGCCAAACCGGUCUCGGCGUCUACUAUCGAACAUGGACAUUCUUGACGGCUCUCCUCAUUGGCACAUUUAUGGAAAUGGCCGGAUACAUUGGCCGAGUGCUCAUGCAUGAUAACCCAUGGUCCGGACCUGCAUUCAAGCUUCAGAUCGUGUGUCUAGUGCUCGCGCCGACCUUUGUCGCGGCGGGUGUUUACCUAACGUUGAAGCAUAUCAUUUUGAGCUUGGGGCCCGAACACUCGAUCUUGAAGCCACGUCUUUUCACCUGGAUCUUUAUCGGAUGCGAUAUUGGAUCUCUCCUUUUGCAGGCUGCGGGAGGUGGUGUCGCUGCGGCUGCUGGUAAUGACGACUUUGCAAUGCUCAAAGCAGGCGACAACAUUAUCAUCGCUGGUAUCGCUUUCCAGGUUGCGACCAUGGUUGUAUGUGGAUUCUUUGCUGUCAUCUUCUUCUGGAGAAUCUUCAAACAUGGCGAUGGGUUCUCGGGUGAGAAGAACCUCGAUGUUUCACCAAUUGUUCCCAAGUGGAUGCCGUUCGUCGUGGGUGCCGAGGUCUUCGCCUAUAUUACGGUCUUGAUUCGGUGCAUUUACCGUAUCCCGGAGAUGGCUGGUGGUUGGGGAAACCCGCUGAUGCAGAAGGAGAAUGAGUUCCUUGUCUUGGAUGGAAUGAUGAUUGCUCUGGCCUGUCUGGCCUUUACCAUCUUCCAUCCCGGAAUCUUCCUCCCAUCACUGCGCUUUGCCCCCAAGAACCACACAUAA